UUUAUUUUAAAUGGCAACAAAUAAAAAUCUCCGGCGUCUGCUUUCAAAAAUAUUUAUAUUUACGUAGUUUGUUUUGGAUUUGAGCCUUAUAUAUUAAUUAAAAUUUAAAUUAUACCUGAGCUCUAAAAUGUCGAUGAAAGACAAAUUAGAUGCAGUUGAAAGUGUACGAAUCGAUGAUGGAACAUUUAAAUACAUUUUAGUCAAAGUUUACGAUCCUGAUGAUGAGGAUGGGACAAUGAAAUAUAUUGUUCGUGGAUCCGGUGAUGCUGAAUUUCAUGGUGAUAUCUAUGAAGUUACAACUCCAGCCAUUGAAGCACUUGGUUUAGAGUGUGAGUGUGUUGGAGGAGGACGUAUUAAACACAACCCUUCAGAGAAAACCAUUCAUGUGUAUGGAUAUUCACAGGGAUAUGGUAGAGCUGAUCACCUUAUAACUUGCAGACUUUUGAAAGAAAAAUAUCCAGAUUACACCAAAAUAGACUUUUCAAAUGAUGGUUACUGAAAAAAAAGAAAGAGAUGAAAUUUCAUUAUGAAGUAUUGGCCACUCAAAUGUUUUAAGUUAUUGUUGUGUUGGUGAAAAAUAAAUUAUUGACUUUCUUGUUUUA